GUUGAAAGUCCUUUUUGGCUUUGCCACCUGAGCAAAAGCCCACGGAGGCCUCGUUUUUCCGAAAAGGUGACGCUGGUGUUUGUGGUCUUGGCGGUGUGGUUGCCGCGUAACGAGUACAGCAUUCCGUCUGCCAGACGAACUCGUGCACCUUCUGCAGGUUAGACAACAGCAGCCACCGACUGGACAAAAGUGUUGGGACACGCGCAGGAGGUCAAAAGUGAAGAAAAUGUGGGGUCUUUGCAGCUUUAACAGGAACAACACAACAUCAUAAUUAGAUGAGCACUUUUUCCAUGACGGCAGCGCAUCUUCAUCAUGGCCAGGAUGUAUUUUUAGACUCGAGUGGGUGUUUUUUUAAAAUCUUUCUCCAUCUAAAUGCUAUAAAAACACCAAUCUGCUGCUAUGCUGAUUUUUGAAAUGUACUCAUGUGUUCCUGUGUGCAAGACGCCUACUCCUUUUGAACGACACGCGAUGGAUGCUCGUGAAAAGGAUGGAUUACGUGUCGUACGUAAGCCAAGAAGAGCGGGCGAGUAUGCUAGUUGGAGUAGCAUCAUCAUCGUGGUCAUCCAGCCUUUGGUCGUUUAUCAAAGCGAGAACACGAGUGGGUUUGAGCAUCAAGAGAGGACGUUUCAUGUUUUCACAGGAAAAAAAAAAGAUGAAAAGUUUGAGGUGAAGACGAGCAAGCAGAGGCGAGGUGAUGAUGUCAUCAACGUGAUGACACGCUAGUCGUUAGCAGCUGGUCAUCCAACAAGACGUAUUCCAACAACACACAACACCAUUCAGCCAAGUCAACACUGUCUUCCUCUCCUCCUCCUACUCUCCUUCUAUGUCUCCAGCGCCUCCUUCUACUUCUCCUGCUCCUUCUCAUCUUUGUUCUUCUCCUCCUCAUUGAACUUCUUCUCUUGGUCGGUCUCUUCUUUCUUCUUCUUCUCCUCCUUCUUUGUUAUUCUCCUCCUUGUCUUGCUUCUCCUCCUCUGUCUCUUCUUCUCCGAUUUCUCCCUCUCCUGCCACUCUUCUUUCAUCUUCUCCUAUUUCUCGUCUUUCUUCUUCCUACUCCGACUUCCUCUUGUCUCUUUUUUCUUCUCCUCCUUCUUUUUUAUUCUCCUUCUCCUCCUUCUCAUCUUUCUUCUUCUCCUCUGCCUUCUUCUCCCCUGAACACUGUAUUCUUCUUCUCCUUCAUCUCCUCUUCUCCUCCUCCUCCUACGCCAUCUCCUGCUUCUCUUCUGUCUUCUUCUUCUUCCUCCCUCCUCUCCAUCUUUUCUUUCAUUCUCUCCUCCUCCUCUUCCUUGUCUUUCUUUUUCUCUACCUUCUCUUCUUCUUCUCCUCCUUCUCUUCUUCUUUUGCCUUUUCUUCUCCCUUCUUCUCCUUCUUCUCCGCCUUCUCUUCUUCUUUUGCCUUUUCUUCUCCCUUCUUCUCCUUCUUCUCAUCUUUCUUCUUCUCCUCUUUCCUCAUCCUCCUUCUCUCCUCCUUUUCCUGCUUCGCUUGUUUCUUCUUGUCCUUCUUCCCCUUCAUCUUCUAGUGCUUCUCCUCCUUCUAUUUAUUCUUCUUCAUCUGUUUCUUUGUCCUCCUCUUUUUCCGUUUCUCAUAUUUCCUCUUCUCUUGUCCUUUUUUCUCGUUCUCUUCUUUUCCUCCUUCCUCUUUAUCCUCUACUCUUCCUUCCCCUUCUUCUUUGUCUGCCUCUUUUUUCUUCUGUUUCCCAUCCUUCUCCUUCUCCUCGUUCGUCGUCUUCUUCUUCAGUCAGCAGCAGGGACUGCAAGAGGAAGUGGGUGCUUCAGGGACGGCCACAAGAAGUAUGGUGUUGGUAAAACCCGUGCUAAAUAUGCUUUCAGGGUACAUUCUUGUUGUUUGUAAGAAAAAGCUACACUGACGAAGAAAAUGAUAGAUGACUAUAAAGCUACGUCACAGCUUUCCAUUUUGCACGUGUCCCCAGACAACAUCUGCACUUUGUUUGGAGCAUAAACAGAAAGCGUAAAAAGGAAGACGGACGAAGGAGAAGCUUUUGCGUCACCAUCACGACGGCGUGUCGCAGCGCCCGCAGCCGCCGCUCCGGUCGUCACUUUCUAUUAUUUAUCUGCCCCCAGUCUACGGGGAAGGACGCGGUAGUGUCAAAAGCACAUAAAAUAGGAUGUCUUACAUCUUGUACAUCAACAAUAAUAAUAGUGCAUACAGUAAGCAUAGUACUGUCAUUUGAUUUUACAGUAUUGUGUGGAGUGUUUCACGUUGUUUCUGUUCCACCAAAAGGAAAUCGAGGAGCUGAUGCAGAAGAUCUCCUCAGCCACCUCUAAAAUUGACCUGACCUUUGGUGUUCCGGAUCUGGCCUCCGCUCUAAAGCAGAUCCAGUCUCAGUACGACUGCAUCGCCGCUAAAAACCUCCAGGACAUGGACGCUUGGUACAAAGCAAAGUUUCAGGACCUGAGCAACGCCUCCAGCAAGCACGUCCAAAGUUUUCGCAGUCUGAGGGAGGAGAUGGGCUGUUACAAGAAGGAUAUUCUCAUCAAGGAGCGAGAGCUGGAUGCACUCAAGACAAGGAACGCAUACUUGGAGGCUCUGAUUCGUGACUCUUUGGACAAAUACAAGGAGAAAGAGCAAGAACUGCAGGAGCGCAUCGAAGCGCUCAAGCUGGAGUUGAAGGUGACCAAGGAGAAGAUCGCUUUGCUUCUACGAGAACAUCAGGAUUUGCUGAACGUCAAGAUGGCUCUGGAGAUUGAGAUUACAACCUACAGGAAACUGAUUGAAGGUGAAGACCACCGUCUGAGCACGAUGGUCUGCAGCCUGUCUCUGAGUCCAGCAUCCACAACACUGGUGGUCUCAGACAGUGACCCCUCCCCACCGGUGGCCGUCGACGCACCCGCGAUGGAGGUGGAGGGAGCUCCGAGUGGCAGUGAAGCUGGCGCGGAGGACGCCACACCGCCAUCCGAAAGAGCCAAUGAGGACAAGGCCACGGAAACGUCUGAAAGGACAGUUAGGACAGACGGGGAAACUAACAAGAGCGACACACAUGAGCGUACCUUCAGCACUUCCGAAACUGCUGCUGCUGAUGACGCAAAGGAAGAAUAAAACUACCCAACCUCCCCCCACUUAGCAACCUGAUAUUCUAUCUAACGUGCUUCACUCCCGUGUGUGUGUGUGUGUUUGGAUGACUUAUUUUACAAUAAACACAAAUGA